AUGGGGAUGGAGUUCUUGGCGAUUCUGGCAGUAUGUUCUAUGCAGAAACAAUUCCUAGAGAAAGUAUGGGAGAAAAUUGAGCUUCUCAUGAACAUAUGGACAUUCAUUAGGGAGUGUCCUGAAUUGUUGAACUCCCUUGAUAAAAAAACAGAAUCUCUUGAGCAAAAAUUGGAUACUUUGCGCAGUCUAGAGGAGGAUAUCAACACAGAAUUGGAAAGUGCAAAAUUUCUUCCUCAUAAAAAGCGGAAGAGAGAAGUUGAAGUUUGGUUGAGAAAUGUACAAAGAAAGAAAAUUGACAUUCAAAGCAUAAAAAAAGAAGUUGGAAAAGGAAAGCAUUUCUUACGACCGUGGUUGGAAAGUCAUGUUGAGAGGAAUAUUAAAGAAGUAGAAGAGCUUCAUGAGCAGGGUAAAUUUCCUCAGGGGCUGCUUCUUGAUGCAUAUCAUACCAGCAGGGAGGCAUUACUGACAACACCAUUGGUUGGUGGGAUUUCAACUAAAAGAAUUAUGAAGAGAAUCUGGGAAUGCUUUACCGAUGUUAAGGUGUCAAGAAUUGGUAUCUAUGGAGUGGAGGGAGUUGGAAAAACAGCCAUUUUGAUGCAUAUCCAUAAUCAACUCAUAGAAAGUUCUUGUCCAUUUUAUCAUGUAUAUUGGAUCACUGUGUCACAACCUCUCAGCAUCUUCAAAUUGCAAAAUGACAUUGCAAAAGAAGUAGGACUGGAUUAUUUAGAUGAGAAAGAUAUUAGGAAGAGGGCAGCUAAGUUAUAUAAGGCGUUGAAAAGGAGAGAAAGAACUGUACUCAUUUUAGAUGAUGUUUGGAAACAUUUUCUGCCAGAAGAAGUAGGGAUUCCGAACAAAGUGAAUGAAUGCAAGCUGAUAUUAAGUACUCGAUCAGUAGAUGUGUGUCGAAAGAUGAAUUUCCGCGAAACUAUCAAGGUGGAACCCCUUUCUGAUGAAGAAGCAGAAAAGUUGUUUAUGGAAAAGCUAGGCCUCCGCAAACCACUUGCCCCAGCGAUUGAAGAAAUUGCAAAGCUAAUUAUCAGACAAUGUGGAGGCUUGCCAAUUUGGAUUAUAGAAAUGGCACAGAGAAUGAGGGAAGUGGAUGAUAUUAGUGAGUGGAGGAAUGCUUCGACUGAGGCCAGAGAAUUUAGAAGGGAGCUUAAUGACUAAGGGUAUGAGUUAAUUAGC